AUGGCUUUCCAGCAGCUAGGAGCACAGGCCGACGGUCAUGCAACUGUUGUAUUUCCGGGUGACCAAGAUUUUGAUGAUAGCGUAAAGCGAUGGUCUGCUAUAGGCUUUCGACGACCGGGUGUAGUGGUUCUCCCCACAGAUGUUCAGGGAAUAGCGAGGACUGUGCGGUAUGCAAAGGAUCACCAGCUAGAUCUAGCGGUUCAGGGUGGAGGCCACUCCAGCAGCACCGCUUCGUCGACUGAUGGAGGCAUCUUGAUGAACCUCGGCAGGAUGAACCGAGUGGGCGUCGAUACUAGCACCCAGACAGUCACCGUUCAAGGUGGUGCAACAUGGGCUGAUGUGGGCCGAGAAACUGCUAGGUACCAGCUAGCCGUCAACGGAGGCACAACUGGCCAGGUUGGGGUUGGGGGUCUCACUUUGCGCGGCGGGUUCGGAUUCUUGACGCCGCAACAUGGGGUGACUCUCGACACACUCCUUGCGGCAAAAGUGGUAACCGGAGAAGGGAUCGAGUUGCAGGUGUCCACAAAGGAACACUCGGAUUUAUUCUGGGCUAUUCGAGGUGCUGGACCAAAUGUUGCAGUGGUGGCAGAAUUCAAGUUCCAGGCUUACCCACAACCGAAUUGGGUCUGGUCUGGAUUGAGAAUCCACGCAUCUAGCGAGGUAUUGAAGGUCGUUGAAGCCCUGAAUGAGGCGCUUGUUCACCCCCAGGGGAAGGCUGCGGCGCAGUGUAUUCUGUCUUUAUCCCCGGAGGACGAAAGAACCCCGACUGUCUCUACGGUAAUAUUCUUCAAUGGCUCCGAAGAAGAAGGAAGGAGACAUUUUGCUCGGUUGCUUGAAGUGGAAUGCAUCGAAGACAAAAUUGGAAUGAGACCCUAUAGCAAAACACUCACUAUCUGGGAUCGAUUGGCGCCCCCUGGGGGUCGGAAAAGAGAACUAGGGAUUCAAAUGACGUUACCACCCCGGCUUGCGUUUGUCUCACAGCUCAUGGACAAAAUCAGUGAUAAACUUACCAAGGAGCCAGACCUGGGUAAAAGUGGCUUGGAGAUCGACUAUCUUGACCCGACCCAGACCUGCCGUACUCCCAUUACAGAGACCGCUUUCCCUGCGCGUGUUAAUCUCCUGCAUGCGGCGCUCAUGUUAGACUGGACUGACGCCGCCAAAGAUGAGGACUUUCUAUCAUGGGGACAGUCAAUCCAGAAGAUGUGUGAAAAUGAAUUAAUUAACCAAGGCCAUAAACUGGCACACACAGUGUCGAACUUCAAUGGUUACACUCAAGAAAUGAAAGUGGCAGCUGCAGAUAUGUUUGGCGUAAAUGCGGAUCGCUUAUUGCACGUCAAGGCAAAGUAUGAUCCAGCUAAUCUUUUCAACAAGCUUAACCCGCUUGAUCGGGAAUUAUGA